UUGGAAUCCGUUGAAACGUUCGACUUGCCCCGGAAUUUCUUCUGCCUGUUGGCUUUGGGUAUAUAAGUUAUCUUUCGCAUCUCGUGAUACAUUUGGUCUCUCACCCUCCAUACGCAUUGCCACCAUGUCGGAGGAAGACAAGAGUACGUCUAACAAGCUGCCCGUGGGGCUGAACAGUCCCAAGCCGGAAUCGCCCACGACCGCGCGUCCUUUGGAUUUCGAUGACGAGCCUCAAGAGACCGGGGUAGUUAAUACUUCUGCCCCCCCAGGAACCGCUCAGCAAGGUGAUAUGGAAGCUGCCCCGCCAAAACCUCCGCGUCCAUUAAGCCCCCGACAACAGGCCGAGAACACCCUUAAAGAAGCAUUUCCAUCUCUCGAAGGCUCGGUUGUUAAAGCUGUGCUGGUUGCUAGCAACUGGAAUGUAGAGCGGGCGUUCCAUGCUCUUCUGGGCAUGACCGACCCUAAUGCGCAAGCGGAAGACAUACCCCCUCCGAAACCACCCCGGCCAUCUGCGUCUCAAAGACAAGUGGAAGCGGAUGAGAUUUAUGCCCGUCAAUUAGCCGAACACUACAAUCGCCGUGUGCCGCAGUCCCGCUGGGACGAGGAAUCUCGUUAUCGACAGAGGAGAGGCAGUGAUGCAUCUGAUGAGAGAGACUAUAGCUUCUUCGACGAUGAUCUCCCUGUCAUCCGUGAUAAUAUUCGCAAGGGAUUUGUGGACACCCAGACAAAGGUCAAUUCGUGGGUGCAGAACUUAAAGAAACGUUGGGAUGGCGAGGAUAUGGACGAGGCACAGUCUGGUCGAAGCUAUGACGAAGAACCAAGUUACACUCGACCAAGGCGAAGUGGAGACUUGGGCCGUCGCAGUGGAGAUCGCGAACGCUACGACGCAGACCCUCAGCUAUUGGAUGACGACUUUGCUGCUCUUGAGCUACGAGACGCCGAAGCUCCGCCCUCGCGUCCCCCAAGGCCACUUGCUAAUCCAGACUUACACAAGACUUCGUCUUCUUCGCCCGACAGACGAAAGGUGUCCUUCCAGGAGGGUCCCCCGACAGAGAUUGGCAGUUCUCAAGGUGCAUCCGGAUCGGCUAAGCCCGCCCCUCCUAGUAAGCCGAGCAAGUGGCAGCCUUUGACUACAGUUGAGCCAUCUCCUGUCGGAGAACAUGAUCCAUUCAGCCUUGGUGACAGCGAAGAUGAGAAGGACACGAAGGCCAAAGACCAAAGCACUACUAGUGAGGCCGUGCAGUCUAAGAGAGCGACAGUAGAGGAUGAUAGCAAUAAGGGAGAGGCAGGGAAGUCCUAGGUAGUUUUCCUCUCUUUCUUCUUGACUUUCCUAAGAGAACAUAGCUUAAAUUCUCCCAGCCUUUGCUGUUCUAUUAUUUGUUUUUAUUGUUUAUGAUACCAAGGUUAUCCCUGGGAGACAGUCGAACCCGCUAUUUUAUUUAAUACAAGGAAUAUCAUAACCAGUGGUCUGUGUGCACAAACAAAAAGAAGGGUAUCGUAUAUCGUAGAACGAAUAACAAGCCAAGCCGAUAAACGCCAAACAUCCAACCUAUAAGCACCUAAUCAUUUAGGUAUUCCAAUCAAGUACAGUACCAGAACUUUUACUCCUGCAUGAUCUGCUCAUCUGGGUAGUGCCCUUGAACAGCUGCCUCCCGUCGAAGAUCUUUGAUCACAGUCUAUAGUUCAGGUCAGCUGCGAGGACCAUUUAAACGCGGUGCGUUAAAAAGCAUUAAUGGAGAAUUCGGAGAAGCAUGGAACCCACCGCCAGCGCUUCCGGAUUAACA